AUGGAGGUGCUGAGUGAGAAGGUGGAGGAGGAGGAGCAGGCCGAGCGGGAGGACGCGGCCGAGCGGGCCGAGCGGGGGCGGAAACCGAUGCCGAGACCCCCGGAGCCUCGCUGGGAGGGGACCAUCAUGUCGCAGGAGACCGUGCGGGAGCUGGAGAAGAAGCUGCAGGAUGUGGACGUCCCCACGCCCAGCGAGACGCCUCCCAGAGCUGCCCUGGACACCUCCAAGCUGCCGCUCUCCUACCGGAGCAACUCGCCCAAGGAGGAGCGGCUGCUGCAGGUGGCCGACAACUUCUCCAGGCAGUACAGCCACCUGUGCCCCGACCGCGUGCCGCUCUUCCUGCACCCGCUCAACGAGUGCCAAGUGCCCAAGUUCGUGAGCACCACGCUCCGGCCCACCCUGAUGCCCUUCCCCGAGCUCUAUAACUGGGACACCUGCGCCCAGUUCGUCUCCGACUUCCUCUCCAUGGAGCCCCUGCCGGACCCCCUCAAGCCGCCCCCGUCCCUGUACUCCUCGACCACAGUGCUCAGAGAGCAGAAGGGGAACUGCUUCGACUUCAGCGUGCUGCUGUGCUCCUUACUCAUCGGCGCCGGCUACGACGCGUACUGCGUCAACGGCUACGCCUCCAGGAACCUGUGUGCCAUGGACCUCACCCGGGAGGUGUGCCCGCUCACCGUGAAGCCUGAAGAGGUAGUCCAGGAGAAGGAGAAGGUGCCAACGAAGAAGUACACCAUCAAGCCCCCCAAGGACCUGACCAGCAGGUUUGAGCACGACCAGGAGGAGAAGAGGAAGAAGGCGAUCCGAGAGGAGGAGGAGAAGCAGAGGAGGAUGGAGGAGGAGAAGCUCCUGGAGCUGGAGAAGGAGGGUGCGGAUCCCCUGCACGGCCUGCGGGUGCACUCCUGGGUCCUGGUGCUGUCGGGGAAGCGCGAGGUGCCCGAGACCUUCUUCAUCGACCCAUUCACGGCUUACAGCUACAGUCCUGAGGACGACAACUUCCUGGGCAUCGAGUGCAUCUGGAACCACAAGAACUACUGGAUCAACAUGCAGGACUGCUGGAACGGCUGCAAGGACAUGGUCUUUGACCUGGGCGACAACGUGCAGUGGGAAUACAUGCUGGCGGGCACCGACAAGCCCCAGCUGGCCCUGGCCGAGGAGGAGGACGAGACCAUGAUUGAAGACGAAGACCUCCAGAACCUGGGCAAGGAGGAGGAGAGCCUGGGCCUGGACAUGCCGCCCUCGUGGGUGGAGCAGAUCCAGAUCUCCGAGGAGGCCUUCGAGACCCGCUGCCCCCAGGGGACGAAGGUGAUCCAUUACAGGAAAGCCAAGCUGGAGAAGUGGUGCCCGUAUCUCAACAGCAACGGGCUGGUGUCCCGCCUCACCACCUACCAGGACCUGGAGUGCACGCAGGUCCUGGAGGUGAAGGAGUGGUUCGAGAACCGUGAGGACAAGCUGGAGCUGAAGCACACGGACCACACCACGGGGCUCAUCACCGACUACUUCAAGCCCGGCCACCUCCAGGCCCUGCGAGUGCACGCUUACAAGUCGCUGCAGCCCGAGAUGGACCGUGUCAUGGAGUUUCAUGUGUCGGCCCGUGUGGACGGCCUGGUGAGGCGGGAGGAGACACCCAGGACCAUGACGGAGCACUACCAGGGCCGGUCCGACUUCCUCACCUACCGUCACGUCACCUUUGGGCCCCGGACCAAGAAACCGCCGGGGAACAGCUCUGAGUCGAACCCCCGGUUCGUAGUGAAAAUCACGGAGCGCUUCUCCCGCAACCCCGCCGUGCCGGCCGACGAGGACGUGCAGGAGCGCACCUUCUUCAUCCCGGAGGAGCGCAUCCAGCUGCGCUUCCACUGCCGCGACGACCACAUCACCACGUCCAAGCGCGAGUACCUGCGGCGCCUGGACGUGGACAGCAAAGGCAACAAGAUCAUCAUGACGCCCGAGAUGUGCGUGAGCUACGAGGUGGAGCCCCUGGAGCACACCAAGAAGCUCCUGUACCAGUACGAGACCAUGAUGCAGCUCAAGAAGGAGGAGAAGCAGUCCCGGCACCAGGCCUGGGAGUCCGAGGUGGAGGUGCUGGAGAUCCUGAAGCUCCGUGAGGAAGAGGAGGAGGAGCACAAACUGACCGUCUCCAUCUACGACAACAAGCGGAACGGCAAGAGCAAGGAGUACCGGGAGGCCAUGGAGCGCGUGAUGCACGAGGAGCACCUGCGGCAGGUGGAGACCCAGUUGGACUACCUGGCCCCGUUCCUGGCCCAGCUGCCCCCCGGGGAGAAGCUGACUCGCUGGCAGGCCCUGCACGUCAAGGACGAGUGCCUCAGUGACUUCAAGGAGCGGCUCAUCGAGAAGGCCAACCUCAUCCAGGCGCGUUUCGAGAAGGAGACCCAGGAGCUCCAGAAGAAGCAGCUGUGGUACCAGGAGAACCAGAUGACGCUGACGACCGAGGACGAGGACAUGUACCUGAGUUACUGUUCCCAGGCCAUGUUCCGCAUCCGCAUCCUGGAGCAGCGGCUGAACCGGCACAAGGAGCUGGCCCCGCUCAAGUACAUGGCCCUGGAGGAGAAGCUGUGCAAGGACCCCCGCCUGCUGGAGUUCCUGUGACCCUCCGGCGCGUG